GAAAAAAUUCUUUGGAAUGUGCUGCGGCUGAAAUGAAGAAAUAACCGGAAUAACCAAUCCCUCAGCCUGUGAUGCGGCUGUAGACGACGCAUUUUUCCUGGGUCGCCGAUUUCGUAUAGCCUUUAUCACAACUUUUCUCGCCGGAGUUGCGCUAAUUCCUUCUCUAAUGGCUGCUAAUACGAAUCCGGAUCCCAACUCUGGCGCUACGGCCAAGUCCCUUCUGCUGCCGGACAUUGGUCCGGAUGGCAUCGCCAGAGAAUCCCCCGUCAUCGCUUACACCGAAAAGCUAAUUGAAGAAGAGAAACUUCAUUUGAGGAAAUAUAUUGAAGAAAAUUAUUCCAAGAUUCGUGAUGUUGAACGUGAAUUGACAAAUCUUACAAUGGAGAUGAAACUCACAGCUGGGCCUAAGAAAGCAGCACUUGAACACAUGAGAAGGAAAAUAGAAUUAACAACUGAGAAAAUACAUGCUGCCAAGCUGAAAGAAGAACAAGCACGCAAGGAUUGGGAAGCCGCAAAACAGGCUGUGAAGGAUGAGGAAUCUGUAAAACAGAAGCUCUGUGAAGAUCUGAAUAAUCUGGUUCAGGAAAGUAAUAGUAGCCAGUUUGCAAGACUGGAGGAGCUAAAGAGGCGGUUAGAGGCUUUAAAUCCAAGCAGAUCAUCCACUUCAAUCCCUUAUGACCAGAGUCCAGCUGGAACUCCCCAGAUCAAUGCAACCCAAGAUGCCUCAGUGAUUCCGAAUACACUCGAAUCAUCUAUUGCAUCGUCUGCAAAUGCACCUAAGGAAGGAAGUUCUGCAAAUCCAACUUCAGUAAACAUCCACAACCAACAGCAACAAUCUUCAACAGAAAGUGAGGGAAGAUCAGCAAAGAAAACCAAUGUCCAUGGAAGAGGAAGGGGGAUUGGGGCAGUGCUAAAGAAAACUUCAGCAACACCUGGUUGGACCGGGGCUGGUUUUGAUGUGGAUGGUAGAAAUUAAAAGUUUGCUCUUUUUUCCAUGUUUCAUUCAAUCAUGCUAGAGGUAAAUUUGCUCAGGCCAAAGUACAAAAGUUGUAUAAUUUGUUCAUUUUUCCCAUACUGGAAAAUUGUCAUGAUUCAACAUUUCAAUAUAUUCCGGACUCUCGUGUAUUUUGAAGUGUAAAGAAAGCUAAGAGACCGCAAAAUGCCAACAUAAUUUCAUUUGAGUGAAGUGCUAUCCAAUUAGUUCGGUUGAGG